AUAGAAGGGGACUAUCAGUCAGUGGGACCACGGAGCCAUCUCAAAGCAUAUCUGGUUACUUUGGAUGACAGCGUAACCAUGACAAAAUCAUUUGACUAAAACUAUUGUAUUUUCCUCGCCAUCCACGGGUCAGAUAACCAACCAAUCACAGUUCACAUAAUCGCUUUUCUUUCCAUCUUAGAAUAAUAUUAUUAAAACUAGUGAGCGAGCCUGGUCUUCAGGAAUAGGUUAUGUUGAAACGAAAUAGAAAAGGUGGACAACGACUGUGGAAGGAGUAAACACGUUCUCUCAGUAUACUUGAUGGGAAUGCUAUGCAUUUUGUAUUGCCAUUCAUGAACGGGACUUUAGUUUUUACAUGUCGAUUGGAUUUUAUAUUUUGAUACAGCCUACUUUUGGAGAACUUCAUGGUUGUUCGUGGACUUACAGUGUAGGCUACUUGCAUUAAUGUCUUAGUCAUAACAGAGGACGUGGAAGUAGAGCAAAAUAUACGCGUUUAUUAACUAGCAACCAUGUCUAUGCUUCCAACUUUUGGCUUUACGCAAGAGCAAGUUGCGUGCGUCUGCGAGGUCCUCCAACAGGGUGGAAACAUCGAACGGCUCGGGCGAUUUUUGUGGUCUUUACCCGCGUGUGAGCACCUCCACAAAAAUGAAAGUGUUCUCAAAGCUAAAGCUGUGGUCGCCUUUCACAGAGGCAAUUUCAGAGAGCUUUAUAAAAUCCUCGAGAGCCACCAAUUUUCCCCUCACAAUCACCCGAAGCUGCAACAGCUUUGGCUCAAAGCACACUACGUCGAGGCGGAGAAGCUUCGAGGCCGCCCUCUCGGGGCUGUGGGAAAGUACCGCGUCCGCAGAAAGUUCCCCCUGCCUCGGUCUAUCUGGGACGGCGAGGAGACAAGUUACUGUUUCAAAGAGAAGAGCAGGAACGUACUCAGAGAAUGGUACACGCAUAACCCCUACCCUUCCCCGCGGGAGAAGAGGGAGCUCGCCGAGGGCACAGGGUUGACAACCACACAAGUCAGUAACUGGUUCAAAAACAGACGGCAAAGAGACCGCGCGGCAGAAGCUAAGGAAAGGUACGAGGAAAACAACGAAAACUCCAACACCAACAGCCACAACCCAUUGACUUCUUCCAUGAAUGGAAAUAAAACACUUUUGGGGAGCUCAGACGACGACAAAACGCCUUCAGGGACUCCGGAUCACAUUUCCUCGAGCCCGGCAAUGCUCCUCGCUUCAAACUCCGGGCUGCAGAUGCACGGCCUCGCGCCUCCACCUGGGCCUAGCGCCAUCCUCGUGUCCAGCCUUGACUCCGUGCACCAUCAUCACUCUUUGCACGACACUAUACUGAACCCUAUGUCGUCUAACCUGGUCGAACUCGGCUCUUAAACAUGGGACCCUGUUGGGAAAGACCUUUCUGAGUGCACAUGGAUGUUUGAGAAAAGCUUCAGGCACUUGAGGCAAAAGGAAAGAACAGAGUCGGAAAAAUGUGACACACGCGGUGAGAGGUGAGAUGGUAGGUGUUUAGCUGAACAGGCUGGACUGAAAGGUAUUUUACCGGAAUGUAAUAACAUGUCAUACUGUUGAAAACAAUAACAAUAAAAUGUCUUAAUUCUU